AUGACGUCUAAAAUCAACGCGAAAACUACCAAUAGCGGCCACAAGAUGCCGGCAAUAGUAACAUGUUACAAAUGCAAAAACAUAGUUGACAAAAAACAAACUGCGUUAUGUUCAAUAUGUAAAAACAGGUAUGAAUUAGAAUGUGAUGGAUAUCCGGAAAAAACAUACCGCCUAUUGGAUCAGGCAGCAAAAAAGAAGUGGCGAUGUAAAAUGUGUAUUAAAAAUAAAAAAGACAUCAACAGCGACAUGCAUAAUAUCACAACGAGAAAGAAACCUAAUCUCACAAAACAAUGUACUUCGCCUUCACCAGAAAAACCACCAGAAAAAUUACAAUGUUUUGAAUCAUCACAGUUAUCGGACCAGAAUACUUCUUACGUGCUGGAUUCUCACAUACUUACCGACUACAAUAUAACAGAUGAGUCAUUUACCACGCCUAGUAAACUGUCGAAAAGUGUAGACGGGACCGUUACUGACAUAACAUCAAUCUCAGAUAUGAAAAUAACGGUAUCUCAGUUAACCUGUACACUUGAAAGUACUCAAAAUGAAUUAGAAAAUUUGAUAUUAGAAAAUAAUGAUCUGCACAGACAAAUACAUAAAUUAACAUCGGAAAAUAAAAUUUUAAAAUCACUCUGCCAUUCUCCUACAGCAAUAGAAGGUAGUCCUGGAAUUUUUAAUAAAAAUAAGAAGAAAAGAAACUCCUUAUUAAUUCCUAGCGUGUCCUCUGUACCAUCUUCACCAACAAUCAAGUCACACGUCAAUUCUCAUACUAACACAGUAAUAUUGUGCCUGCAACGAAAAAUUAGCGACUUGCAAAAACAACUUAAGAAAGCAGAAAAAGAGAUCACAGGUCUUACGGAAAAAAUAAAGAAUCUGACACAAAAAAUGUACCUUAAAAACUCGAUAAAAAAACUGAAUAAGACCUCAUAUCCAAUCACUGUACAACAUAAACCCGACCCCGUAAAAAAAAUUCACAUUAUCGGUUCCCAACAAUGCGUCGGCCUGGCUGCAGCUAUAUCACAUUCAAGACACAUGACUCAAUACGAAAACUAUAAAGUUACUGCUCAAACGAAGCCAUAUGCACCAAGCUACGAAAUAAUAAAAAACUGCCAAAACAUGACACUAAAACCAGAUGAUAAACUCAUUAUUUGUAUAGGAGAAAAUGAUUAUAAUAUAAGGCUAGUUCUAUCACAACUACAAUUUAUACUAGACACCUUUAGUAAUAAUACGAUAAUUGUGCUAAAUGUUAUUGAAAAUAUGUAUAUAAACGUUAACAAAUUAAAUUAUCUUAUGAGGAAUAUAUGUAAGAAAUAUAAAAAUUGUCAUUUUUUGGAUUGUAAUAACUCAAAUCGUUCGGAAAUUUGUAAACUAAUUAAUUAUGUUGUUGACUGUAAUGAUUACGCAAAAAAAUACUUAAACCCUAUCGAAAUCAGUAAACAUAUACAUACAAGUAAUAAGUCAAGUUUUAAAAUCUUAAUCGAACCCAAAAAAGGUACAAUCCCCUUUUACUUUAAAAAACAAACUGAAAAGUACACAAAACCAGUUGAAAUUUUUAAAAGAGGAACUAUACCAUAUUAUUUUCCCGUAUUAAAAAAGAAUAAUACAUUUUUUCGACCGUAA